AUGUCGGUGUGGGAGAGGAUGAAGAACGUGUUAAUUUAUGGGAUGUCCAGAUUCACAAGUUACUUCUACAUUUACCCCGCCUAUAACGAGCUGUGUCGGCGUUACCUGGACAGCGACAUCACGGUGGAAGAACUUUAUGCCAAGGCUGACAUGGUCCUGAUGAAGGUUGACUUUGUCUUUGAUUAUCCCCGGCCCACCAUGCCAAACCUGGUUUACAUCGGGGGUGUUCAGUGUAGCGCGGGCCGCCCGCUCUCUGCUGAACUGCAGCGGUUCAUGGACGGUUCUGGCGACCAAGGGGUCGUGAUCUUCUCAUUGGGAAGUGUGGUGAGCAUCUACCCACCAGAACUGGCGACUGAAUUGGCGGCGGGACUGGCCCGCCUGCCCCAGAGAGUGGUCUGGCGCUUGGUUGGAGACGCGCCAUCCACCUUAGGGAAUAACACCAAGGUGAUGAGUUGGCUUCCUCAAAACGAUCUGCUGAGUCACCCGAAGACCAGAGCCUUCAUCACCCACGGUGGGGAGAACGGGCUCUAUGAGGCCAUGUAUCACGGCGUCCCUCUGGUCGGCAUCCCAGUUUUGGGCGAUCAGUACGACAACCUUCUGCGCCUCAAAACGCGAGGGGCGGCGGUCAUGUUGGACUUGGCUCAUUUAACAAGCGAUGUGAUCUUCCAGGCGGUGAAGACUGUCAUCGAGACCCCUUCCUACGGGGAGAACAUGAAGCGAAUAUCCGCCUUGCACCGGGAUGUCCCUCUGGAACCCAAAGCGCUGGCGGUCUUCUGGAUUGAAUACACCAUUAGGCACCGAGGCGCCGCUCAUUUGGGAGCCGCGGGCAAUGAGCUGCCCUUCUAUCAGUACUACCUGCUGGAUGUCAUCGCCAUCCUCGUUGCUGUGUCGACGCUUGCCCUUUAUCUGGCGUGUAAAUUGCUGAUAUUUUUACUUGUCAAAAUGCAUUCAGUUGGAAGAAGGACAAGGGCUAAAUUGAAGAAAGUAGAUUGA